AUGGAUACUGUUUGCAUGGCACCCUUUUUGUUCUUGACUCUGGCAUUUCUAAUGUAUUUGCUGCCCCUGUCUGCAUCUCAUUUUACUGACACAAACUCAACAGUAAAAGUGAGCAGCAGAUAUUUGGGCUCCACAUUUCUCCAGGAGGCUUUGAAGACAGCUACAGAACUAACUGCUGCUGCAUACACACACACCCAUGAGAGAGUGAAGCUGUCCAUAUCAGAAGGUUCUUUUCACCCCACUGACUUGCUAGCUGUGUUUAAGCAGACUACCUCCAGUACGAGAUCUCACAUCCGUGCCGCAGUGCUACUGUACAACACAAUAGAAAUCAUCAGAGAGAUGGUGUACACACAUACCAUGGCUGAGCUCAACCAUACCGAGCUAUUAAGCUCAGAGGACAUGGAGACUUUGCUGGAUGCUACAGGGUGUUCCACAGAGAUGAAGAGACCUGUGUGCAAAUCAGACUGCCUGUCUGAGCGCUACCGUACCAUCACGGGCCACUGUAACAACAGACAGACUCCUCUUCUGGGCGCUGCUAAUACCCCAUAUGCUCGCUGGCUUCCCCCAGAGUAUGAGGAUCUUCAUGGAGCACCCAGAGGCUGGGACCCCCAGCAUAGCUACCACAACUUCAUCUUACCUCCAGUCCGUGCAGUAUCCCAGGAGGUGUUAUAUACACAGAAUGAAAACAUCUCUCUGGAUGUGUCUCUGUCUCACCUGCUGGUUGAGUGGUGGCAGUGGAUUGACUAUGACCUAACCUUGACCCCUCAGAGUCCCAGCACUACCUCAUUUAAGAUGGGAGCAGACUGCACCCACACCUGCAGCAGAGACACACCAUGCUUUCCUAUCUGGAUCCCUCUGUCUGACCCUCGUGCGGGCCUUCAGAGCUGUAUGCCAUUUUUCCGUUCCGCUCCCAGUUGUGUGGGCCAAUCAGCUAUGUGGUACCAUCGAGAGCAGCUCAACAUCGUGGUGUAUGGCAGCAUGGUGUAUGGCAGCUCGGAAGAGCUCUCCCUCAACCUGCGCAACUGCUCUUCCCAUCUCGGCUUGCUCUCACACAACCAGCCGCACUCAGAUCAGGGGCUCGCCUACCUUCCCUACCUGUCGCGCAAACACACCCAACUGGACCCGUGUGGUCCAAGCCAGGAGACCAUCUCACAGUCAAUGACAAGAAAGACACUAACCUCCAUGGGGAACUUGACUUUCUGUUUUCAUGCAGGUGACUCUUGAGCCAAUGAACACCUGGGCAUGAUUGCUCUGCACACACUGUUCCUGCGAGAGCAUAAUCGAUUGGCUGAGGAGCUGCACAGGGUGAACCCCCACUGGGGCCCAGACACGCUGUACCAAGAGGCAAGGAAAAUCCUUGGAGCUGUCCAUCAGGUCUUGACAUGGGAUCACUACUUGCCCCAUGUCCUAGGAAACAAAGAGUACUCGAAGCUCAUCCCCCCCUAUGAUGGUUACGAUCCCAAGGUGGACCCCAGCAUCACCAACGUCUUCUCUGCAGCAGCCUUCCGCUUUGCCCAUGUGACCGUGCAUCCAGUGGUGAGCAGGCUGGGCCCUGGUCAUCAGCUCCACCCUGACAACCCCCCUAUGCCCUUACACCACUCACUAUUCGCCCCCUGGAGAGUGGUGGAAGAAGGUGGUAUAGAUCCAGUGCUGCGGGGCGUGUUGUUGUCCCCGGCAAAGCUCCAGGCUCCAGAGCAGAUGAUGGUGGAGGAGUUGACCGAAAGGUUGUUCCAAGCUCAGGAGGGCCUUCCAUUGGACCUGGGGGCUCUCAACCUGCAGAGGGGACGAGACCACGGCCUGCCUGGUUAUGGUGCAUGGCGUGAACUUUGUGGCCUCCCCAUCCCUGCGAACAAGUCUGAGUUUGCAGGGAUACUGGGAAAUGUAGGCUUGGUGCGAAAGUUGCUUGCUCUGUAUGGCACAGCACAGAACAUUGACGUGUGGGUGGAGGCCAUCUCAGAGCCAGCACUACCAGGUGGAAGAGUGGGUCCCCUGCUAGCCUGCUUGCUCGCCAAACAGUUUCGAGCUCUCAUAGACGGAGACAGGUUCUGGUGGGAGCACGAGGGUGUGUUCAGUGCCGCUCAGAGACGCUCGCUGCGAGUGUCUGUCUCACGCAUCAUCUGUGACAACACCCGCAUCAGACUGGUGCCCUUGGACGCCUUCAUACGCACGCUCCACGCAGAGCAGCUUCUGCCCUGCACACAUCCAAACGUCACACACCUUAACCUCUCCGCAUGGAAAGAACCAGACACUGACCCAGUGUGUGGUCCUGUCCCGCGCCUGAAGCUCGGUUUCUCUGUACUGUGUGAUUCUGCAGUUUUUUAUCAGUGUCCCUCUGGCUAUCUGCUACAUGGGGCUACACGAGUCACCUGUGAUCCCAACACACACUUGUGGACCCCACACACUCCCACCUGUCAAGAUAUAGAUGAGUGUUCCAACCAGCUCUCUGCCUGCCCUGUAAACCUGCAGUGCAGUAACACACCAGGCUCUUUCAUCUGUUCAGAGUCUGAUGCACUGCCCCUGCCUGCACUUUCCACCACCACUGCAGUCAUGGCAGUGCUGGGGGGUAUCGCCACUAUGCUACUAAUAAUGACUUGCUACAGAAGGCAAUUGCUCAGAAAAGCUGAGCCCAUCAGGACAGCAUGCUGUGAGAGGAAACACUGA